AACGAAUGGGAGAAUAAUUUUAGAAAUUUCAUUUCUCUCUAUUUCCACUUUACAGAAGUUUCCAGUUUUACUCCACUUCCACUAUAUAAUACUCUUUACUUCUGCAGUUUCUUUUUCUUCCUACUCAAGUUACUUCUUACCUAAAUUAAAACCAAUCAACAAAUAAAUACUAGUACUAUUUUCUUUGCUUGUUAUUUGUUAGCAAAUUGCAAGUUAGAAGCAACAAUACCCCAACGGCAACGAUGAUGAUGUCAAUUUUCAGUCCCUUUGAUGCUCUUUCUGCUGAGGUUUGUGGGCAGAAGUUGAGUUUUUCUAAAGCACUCACUACUCAUGACAAAACACAACAAGGUGUUGGAACUCUUGUAACAAAUAGCCAAGCCGUUGCUUCUCCGCCGUCUAUUUCUUCUAUUGCUGUUCUGAACAAGGCCGGAGAGGCAUCAUCUUCGUGCCAAAAUCAGCAGAAGAGGCAGAGAUUCGCUCUGGAAUUUGACGGUGUUCACUGUUUCGAAACUAUCAUUACCUAUUGAUUUUUGUUUUUACUAAAAUUACAAGAUUGAAAACUGAUUAUGAUAUAUACAAUUUUUUGGAUUCGGAUCAUAUUCACUUUUUUGUUUUGCUUAUUGGUAAAACUUCAAUUCGUAAUUUCUCGUUUUGUUUUA